UGUCACCGCCGGUUGGGGAGCUCUUUUCUAUUCAAGUGUUCGCUCGGUUCAGACGCCAUUACGCAGAAUGGGUAAACCACGUGGAAUCCGUACCGCUCGGAAGCACAUCCGUCACCGCCGGGACCAGCGCUGGGCCGAUAAGGACUACAAGAAGGCCCAUUUGGGAACGCGCUGGAAGUCCAACCCGUUUGCCGGAGCGUCCCACGCCAAGGGAAUCGUCCUGGAAAAGGUCGGCGUCGAAGCUAAGCAGCCCAAUUCUGCCAUCCGCAAGUGUGUCCGUGUCCAACUGAUCAAGAACGGCAAGAAGAUUACGGCCUUCGUUCCCCGGGAUGGUUGCCUGAACUACAUCGAGGAAAACGACGAGGUCCUGGUGGCCGGUUUCGGUCGUAAGGGUCACGCCGUCGGUGACAUUCCCGGAGUCCGCUUCAAGGUGGUCAAGGUGGCCAACGUUUCGCUGCUGGCCCUGUACAAGGAGAAGAAGGAACGUCCACGAUCGUAAGAAGGGGAAGAAAACAAAAAACGGAAUCCGCUGGUCGAACUUUCGGAUUCUCUAGGAAUAUAACGAGUUAGAUUUACGGAUAAGUAUGCGUCUCUGUAAACAAGUGGAGGAAAAUCCAAAUACAAGCUUCUGUGAAAGUUGAACCUACCGGAAUCCGGAA